AUGAAGAGAAUCUUUGGUAUUAAGAAGAACGACUCAAAUAUGUCAAAUGAAAGUGUUGAUGAAACGAGGAAAAGUAAAGAGGUUGGUGAUGAUGCUAGUGAUGCUUUGCCAGUAGAAAUACCCAUUGAUAUGUCAAUAGAUAACUCAGGACCAAGUUUAAAGGGGAAAGAACAAGAAUCAUCUGAAGAAGAUGAUCCUGUGGAAUCAUUAUUACCAUCAAGUUAUAAUAGAAGUUCAUUAUUUUCAAGAGAUCAAAAUACUUUCCAAACAUUAUCAACAAAUCCAACAAGUUCAUCAAGUGGUGGUGGUGGUAGUCAAGGUCAAGGGAAACAAUCAAAUGUUAUAAAGAUUGAUAAUAUUGGUAAACCUUUAAGAGUAUUAAGUACUGAUCGUUAUAAUGAAUUAAGUCGUGUGGGGACUUCAACUUCUCAACAUUCAACAAAUUCGUCAAUACCUAGUUCUUUCAAUAGACGUAGAAGAAGUGAUAAUGAUUAUAAUUUAUCAAGUGGUCAAGUUAUCCCAUUACCAAUGAAUCCUGGUUCAAAUGUUAAUAAUCAAUCAUCAUCAUCAGGUGGCACAGGUGGAUUAAAUAUUUUGACACAAGAAAUUGUUUCAAAAGAAUUAUCCAUAUUGAAUGAAAACUUAUUAGGAUUGAUUGAUCAAUUGAAUCAAAAUGUUAUCAAUAUAUCUAAAGCCACUAUAUCAAUAGUGGAAUUUCUUGAUGAUUUUUUACCUUUUACAAAUGUUUCAAAUCAAUUUAAUAUAACCACAGAGAAUAAUGAACAAUUAAGAAAUAUUAUCAAAAUAAUUUUACAACUUUAUGAUAAUUAUCUAAGAUUUGAAGUUUAUAUAAAUUCAAAAAAUUUACUAAUUAAAAGUUUUAUUGAAUUUUUAUCAAGAUUACAAUUUAAAUUCCCAUUCAAUUUAUUUGAAACUAUACCAUUUAUGAAAAAUUUUGCCAUUACUGAUGAAAUUGAACUACCAAAUAAAUUUAAAAUUCAACAAAUUAUGGAAACUAUAUCCCAAUCAUCAUCAAAUAUAAUUUCAGAUCAAGAAGGUUCAUUUAUAGCACCAAUAAUGAGAGGUUUAACACCCAAAACUUCAAUCCUUGCAAUAAUGUUUGGAUUCCCAGAUCCACAACAAGAUCAUUAUGAAAUCAUAAAUGCCUUAUUCCAAUCAUUCCCAGAUGUUCAUUUUUUCCUUAAAAAAGAUUAUAUUAAACCAUGUGGUAUUACACCAAAACCAAGUUCAUCAAAAUUUAAACCUCCUUUUAAAACUUUAUCAAAUAAGAAAAAACCUGAAAUUUCAUUAUCUAUAUCAUCAGAAAAUUCAAUAAAAACAACGGGGACAUUAGGUGGAUUUAUUGAACCAAUUUUCCAUUCAAAUACAGAUAAAUCAUUACUAAAAUAUAAAGGAUCAAAAUUUGGUAUUACAUGUGCCCAUGUCCUUUUAAACGAAUCACAAGAUUAUCCAAAUGUUAAUGUUCCAUCAAGUGUACUUGUUCAUGCAUAUAUGAGUGCCCUUAGAGAUGAACGUGAUAAAUAUCCAGAAAAUUGUAUGGAAUAUGUUUCAUAUAAUGAAGAAUUGAAAAAAUCUGAAAAUUUUUCAAUGGAUUUAGGUCAAGUUGUUUGGGGUGAAAGGGUAUUAAUGCCCUCGAGUAAAAAAAUUAGUGAUUUAUCAAUAAUUAAAUGUAAUUCUGGAUUAAAAUGUGAAAAUAUAUUAGGUGAUGACCUGGAUUAUUAUAAUCCAAGUUUAAAAUUCAAGAAUUUACAAAUUAAGAAAAAAAUUAAAACUAUUGAUUUUAAUAAACAUUCUAAAAUUUUUAAAAUGGGGGCAAGUACUAAAUAUACCCAGGGUGAGAUUAAUGGGAUUAAAUUAGUUUAUUGGUUAGAUGGUUCAUUACAAACUAGUGAAUUUGUUGUUAAUUCAGAAAAUUCAAAUUCAAAUUCAAAUAAUUCACCAAUUUUUGCAAAUUCUGGAGAUUCAGGUUCAUUAAUUUUAAAUAAUUUAUAUGGAGAAAUUGGGCUUGGUGUGAUUGGGAUGUUACAUUCAUUUGAUGGAGAAUUAAAACAAUUUGGAUUAUUUACACCUGUUGAUGAUAUAUUGGAUCGAUUAAAUCAAGUUACAGGAAUUGAAUGGGAUUUUAUUUAUUCAUGA